GCUCGCCCCCUCGCUCCGCCUCCGGAUACAUCCUGCCUGUGUUCAUGGACCCUCUCGCCGCGCUGGGCGCGUACGGCGAGGACUCCGAUUCUGAGGACGAGGACGCGGCGCCGUCGGCCCUGCAUUCUUCCGCCGCGUCCCUCGCAGCGUCCACUGCCGCCUCCGCCGCCGCCGCCGCCGCCGCCACCGCGCCCUCGCAACCGGCGCUCCCGUCGGCCUCGGACCUGGGCCUGCCCGACUCCUGGACCAGCACCGGAGGCGACAGCGACGACGAGCAACCGACCGAUCCCAAGGGCACGCGCUACAAUGCGGUGCCUCUACCGUCCUCACUCGCCGCGGCGGCGGGUCCGGGGUCGAGGCAUUCAAAGUCGCAUAUGCCGGCCGCGUUACCAAUCUCGACUCCGGGCGGACCGGCCGAGCCGCCCGCAAAGCGCCGCGCCGUCGCCGCUCCGCAGGCGGCGAGCGGCGCCAAGAAGGCGCUGCUGCCACCGCAGCUGCGCCGGCCGAAUGUGGUGACAGAGGACGCAAGGGCCUGGUCCUCAAAGCAGGGCCGGCCGAAGCCCCGUGAGUGAGUGAGGCGCGCGCAUACCCGUACCACUCCUGCGCUCGUUGUGUGGGUUGAUGACUGUUCUUGGUUAACAGGGUUGAUGACUGUUCGU